UAAGCCAUCACUUGGUAGAGCUAGAGCAAACAUGUACAAAGUAGAUCUACCCCCAGAUCUGAAAGAAGCUGCGGCUAUUGAGCGGAGGAGAAACAGGGAGCAGCAAAGACAAAGUCGUGUUUUCAAUGCAAAAUUCCGAACCAUUGGGGUUGAUGUGGACACUCUUGAGAAACAAGUGCAGGAGAAGAAACAGAAGGAAGAGAUCGAGAAAGCUAGAGAUGAGGCAUUCGAUGCAAGCAGGCAGCACUACGAUAAAAUUGCCCAGAUGCUGGAGCAAGAACAACAAGCGGUAACACGAAACCUUGAUGUGGCUUUGGAAGACUUUAGGGUAAGGCAUCAGCAGCCAGAUACUCGAAGGGAGUUUGACCUGUAUGACCCUCAAGGCCUCAAGAAAGAUCGGCCUGCUCGAGUGUGUGAUGAUGACCCCAGAUGUGGUCCUGCAAGCCUACAGAAAUUUGCUGGGGAGGAUUUGAGUGAAAAGGAGAGAGCCAAGUUGCAGAAGGAUAUGAUCAAAAAAUGGUUGACAUUGCAGAAUGAAGAAACACAAAGGGCUGAAGCCCAACAAAAGUUUGCAGAUAAUUUAUAUGAUAAAAAGAGGAUAGAGCUAGAUGAACGAGCCCAGCAUCUGAGCAGGAUGGAAGAAGAAUGCAGGAAGGCAAUUGACAUGGCUACCAACAAUUUCAACGAAGCUUUGGCAUUAGAAAUCACAGAGCGCAGGAAUCUGGAAAAGCAACAAGAGGAAGAUAAUAAUUUUGCAGAAAUAUACAAUCACCUGACAGGGGAUAUCCUGACGGAAAACCCUGAUGUAGCAGUUAGCAAUUUAGGGCCACAGCGCAUUUUAACAGAUCGCUGGAAGGGUAUGUCCCCUGAGGAGCUAAAAGCCGUCUGGAACAUCCAGGAGCAGCAGAGACAGGAAAAACAGAGGCUGAAUGAGGAGGAGAAGCAGCGUGAUGCAGAGUGGGACAGACAGAGGACGCUGGCAGCACGAGCUUCGAUGACAUUAGAGCAGCAGGAAGAGGAAUUCAACAAGGAGCUGAGGAAGAGGAUUGAUUCUUACAACGAACAGCUGGGCAGAGAGCAGAGGGCUCAUUUGGAAUAUCUGCAAAAAGAAGUAUACACUAACAAGCCUACUGCACAUUUCUUCACUCAGUUCAACACCAGCAGUCGCUGAGACACUCUACAAGAGUCUCCUCUAUUGUGACCAAGUCAACUGGAUCACAAUCUACUAUUUGCUGUUGUCAUUACUUACAAAUAUAUAAACAACUAUGGAAACUUAGAAA